AUGCAAGCCAAGCGAUCGAGUGACGAUGACGAUGACGAUGGGCAGACUAGUCGCCAAAUCGACCCAAGAAAGCGCCCAGCUAAGAGCGUAGAUCGGCCUAUCUAUGGCAACUUCCAAAGAUACUAUCACAUUCGGAAUCCCGCCAACUCCACCUCGGACGACACUUUGACAAGCUCGACCCACCCAGCCCUAGCACUUGACAGCCGCACCUCUGCCAUCUUGUCAUACCUCCGCGAUUGUUACGCUCAUCAUGAGACCGCACUGGCAAACGAAGCCUACCCGUCUCAGUACAUGAGAUUACUCGACGUUGGUUGCAAUUCUGGUAAAGUUACCAUCGAGAUCGCACAGACCUUACCUGGGAUCCUUCGCGAGUGUGGUCAGCCUCCACUACAAGCCAGUGAUUCCUCAAGAUCGAAGAGCGCUCACUUACCGGAACAAGUUGAUAUCCUUGGCGUCGACAUUGAUCCAUUAUUGGUCCGGCAAGCUAGAACGGCUGCAGCGGUCGCCCGUUCUCGCUAUCGACCAGAUUAUACGCCUGCUGCGACGGCGACCCCGGAGGGCAACGUCCAUGGGUCAGGGUCCUAUGACUCUCUGCCUCACGACUGCGCCUACUUUCCAUCCGUUUUUCCAUCGCUGUACGGGAAUAUCCCGAGCUUGGCCGAUGAAGGUGUGCGGCCUCGCCGUGUGAAGCGGCACCUAGAGGAGAUCAACUGUGGCAGUAGCGUAGUGACACCAGAACAAGACGACGCUGUUGCGCACCGCGGCACUGAUCAACAUGACCAAAGCGACCACUUUGUUUCAUCUACUCUCCGCUUUGUCGCACUUGAUUGGGUCAAUCCACAAAUCGAGCGGAGGAAAUUUUGCGCUCCUUUUUCAUACGAGCCUAGCGAUUUGAGAACUCUCAAAUGCAUGGAGAAGGCUGGCCUCGAUAUUGUUCUCGCCCUUUCAAUCACCAAGUGGAUCCACAUCCAACGAGGUGACCUUGGCCUUGUGCUCCUGUUUGCACGCAUCGCCAAUACCUUGAAAAGGGGUGGGCUGCUAUUUCUGGAACGACAGGAAUGGCCCAGCUACCACUCUGCCAAGAAUCUCGAUCCGACUAUGAGGUCCAAGAUCAAGAGCUUGAAGUUGAGACCUGGUGGCGACUUUGACUGGUGGCUCGACACGUUGGGUCUGACCUUUCAAGCCGAAAUUGGACAAGGCGUCGGAUUCGGAUUCUCUCGGCCGCUCCAAGUGUUCCGUAAAGAAUCCUUGCCGCAAGAAAAAGCGCGUCUCGUGUCCAGGUUGCUGGAGGAGAGCGUCUUGCAAAAGCUCGAGCCGAUUGCGUGGGUGGCUCGAUCUGCCUCUUCUGCUUGA